AUGCAGACCAUCAAUGGGUUGCUUUCGUCGAUUCCAUUCACUGCCAAGUCAAACGACACCUUGACAUACUUUCUCAACGUGUACAAGCUCAACUACCGUGCCUUAAUGAAGCUCAACGAGCAGUCGUUCAAGUUUCCAAUCGAAUCCAGCAAGGUGUUGAAGCUCUCCAUCUCCCUUGGCAAUUUGCUAAAGACCCUCCACAACGACGAGGAAAACUACUUGGAACAGAGCCAACUGCAACGCUCUUUCCUCACCAAUCUCCAGAAUAGCAGCAGCAACAAUGUUAACAACAAUAACCAUCAUAGCAAUAACAAUAUCAAUACAAACUCCCACCAAGACUACAAUCCCUUUAAUGUGGCAUCACCCGUUUCGCCCAAGCAUAUCAUCAAUUCUCCUAUCUCGGCAAUCUCAGGAGGUGUAGGCACUGCUGGCGGUGCUGGAUCCACUGGCCCUGGAGUUCAGCCAUUAUACCAGAUCAAAUUUGUCAGUAACUUACUCAGUAUCCUCAAGAACUUUGACAUCGGUACCCCUACAAACGUCGUGAAUUCUGGCAGCAGUCAGCACAGUGACCUCAACUCAGUUAACUUGAAGUUGCACGAAAUGACAAGCAGCAAUUCUACAUCGACGUUGACAAGUCACACAACUAAUGGAACUGCCAGCAGCUCCAACGCUUCGCCCAUCAAGUUGAACUCCAAGCAGUUGUUGAUCGAGAAGUUGGAAAUCAACAUUAAAUUAGAUAAUCUUUUCAUUUACCGCGUCUUGUUGCAAUUGCUUUUACAGAUCCUUAGUACUUUACAGGGAUUCAUCGCAGUCGCAGCUGAAAAUGCAAGCCACAGCAGCGGCAUAUUAGCCAGUCCGGCCAGCAGUGGCUCCAGCAACGACUAUGCUGAGAAUUCUUCCAUAUUCUCGUCCAACUCAUUGCGAUCGAGCGAGUCGCGCAACUCGGCCAUGACUAUAGAUGAAUGCAUAAGAACAGUGCAGCUGAUUGUGGCCAGAGUGUCAACAGGUAUAGUGGAACCGUUUAUAAGACUCCUUAUUGUUGAAUUGGUGGAGAACAACGUGCUGCGUGAUUUCAAUAAACUUGUCAACAGUUUAUGA